AUGGGUAGAGGAUGUACUACGUUUCUCGUCGUUGCAUUAAUGACGUUUAAUGUAAUAUUUCUCUUAAUUGGUGCCGCAAUACUAUGUUUUGCCAUAUAUUGUUAUGUGGAUUCAUUAAUUCAAAGUGCAGUAUCUCGUUCUGGACAUGCUGAUAAAAUGCAAAACUUAUUAUAUGCUCUUAUCGGUCUAGGAUUGUUAACAAUUGUUGUGGCUGUUUUUGGAUGUUGUGGAGCUUAUCAUGAAUCUCGUUGCCUACUUGGAACAUACUCUAUUUGUUUAACCAUUAUGUUCGGAGUUGAAAUAGCCAUAGCAGCUUUGUGUUUAGUAUUUAAAGUUGAAACGGAAAGAAGGAUUAUUCAAGCUUUAGAAAAUAUUAUCAUGCGAUUUAAAAAUGAAUCAGUUGAUGAAAACUUCGACAGAAGUGAUUCCUACCGUGAUUGGAUACAACAAAGUCUUCAUUGUUGUGGCAUCAAUGGAAUGAAUGAUUAUCCAGGAUUAACUGUCCCAUCAUCAUGUUGCAUCCCAAAGCAUCAAAAUUGUCCAGAUAAAUCUGCCUCGUAUACUAUAGGGUGUAAACAAGUAAUUAAUGAUUUGGUGAAAGAAAAAUUUCUCAUGGCAAUAAUCCUUAUUAUGAGUGUUCCAUUAUCAAAGUUAUCAUUUUACGAUGAUCUCGAUGAAGCAGUGAUUUUGGAAAGGUACGGAUGGACGAUUCAUUAUGCAAAGCCAUGUUCUGCAUUGCAUUGGCUCAUGUUGGAGUGUUUAACAAAGGACAAUUGAAUAAAUAUCAAGUAGGAUUUAAAUGAAGUGAAAGGGGAGGAAGGCAAAUGUAUUAUUUCCCGAAAAUUCGACACAAGCCAUUUAAAAAAGACUUUUUUGAUGGUCGUCAUUUUGAAUCACGAGGUUACCGUCCAGCCAAGCCCUACAGAACAUAUCUUAAAUGAGUUAUCCCCAAAGACACUCUAAAGAUGUAUAAAUACCGACUUUUUUACUCAUGGAUCACCAGAUGAACCUUUGACUUUCCAUUACCUUCUCACUUGUUUAGGUGUCGGGUUGAAAGUUGACGGAAGACAGUUCAGAUUUAUUUAGAGAGUUUUAAAAUAUAUCUAUUCGUCGAGUUAGCUUAUGUAUCCAUCUUUCGGUUAUCUUAGCUACAACCAGGUUAUGGCAAUGACGACGGUUAUUUACACUAACAGAAGAAUGACUUGUUCACGUUUUCCAAGAACACAAGUAUAUCUACACACAAUGAGAAGACGGAGUUCAUCUGAAAAAUGUGAUAUAUUUGCGUUGUGCAUUUCAAACAUAUUUGUUAAGGCAUUUUACACGAAAGUUAAUAAAAGGUGAAUUCAAUAAAAGUUCAAAUAAACAAAUGGGUCAUUUUAAACAAAAGGAAUGAAAAAAAGUUUUUAUUAAAAGAAUAGAAACUUGUCAUAUCAUCCUAGUCUGUAAAAUAACCCAGAUUAGAUGUCAAGGUCAAGGUCACGAGAAAUUAUUUCUUUACACACAAAGACAAUUUGAAUUUUUUAUUAACUAAGGUUUCCAAAAACCUAAGAAUUAGUUCUUGACCGUUCCUUUAUAACAUUUCAGAAAUGGUAUUGAUGUUUAUCAUACGCUCCAUUUCAAUUAUUCGUUUUGCUAUUGAUAAACAUGGUUUUUUACUUCCUACGUUUAUCGGAGCAUUUGAGACUAACUGGUUCUCAAGCCAUAUGGAUAUAUGCUCUAUAAAUACCCAAUCAGGAGUUAUGGAAAAUGUGUCUAGACUGCUUCAGAAUGAGUGUCGAAUGCACCGAAUUCAUGUUUAUUCUGAUUUCUGAAUAAUAGACACCUUUAUGUUUUCUCCUAGCCUUACUUUAAUAUUGAAGUUUUAAAUUUUAACCGUAGUCCUUGUAAUUUAAUAAUCUCGUCAGUCACACUCAAAAUCGCUAAAUAGCGACUAAUGUUACACUUGUCCUAGUUCCUAGAGCAGUAGCCACACUCCAACUUGAUUGAUAGAGUCGUAUCAAUACUAAAGGUUUAGAUAAACAUGAUAUUAGUUAUUACCCAGUGAUCAAUCAAUCGAUAGAAAUCGACCUGAAGGAGGUCAAUAGCUUAUCUCUUACUGUCAUUAUGAAUAAGGCUAAUUUGAAUUCAAAAUCAGGAUCAUCGCUGACUUCAAAGUGCUAGAUACAUUUUGAUGAUAAGCACUAACUAAUUAACACAAAAUUUAAGUCUAACUGGACCUUCACAAUUGUUUCCAAUUAUAGUCCAUGGAUCAACAUUAAAUUAGCAAAUCAAUGAGUCAUAAGGAACGUGGAAUCUGACAUCGAUAUCCAUAUCUUCACAGGAAUCUGAAGUUAUCAAGAUAAAUCCUAAAGUGGUAGAAAUAGCAACUGUAUUGAUGAUAGUAGAGUACGUUAAUCAUAGACAAUAUGAUUCAAGAAGAAAGAAUUAGUUCAUGGAUUAGGAAAAAAACCUUUUAAAGCUUGAGAUUUAAUAGAAGAAAACAAGUGAAUUCAUCUGUUUAAUUUUAAAGAAUUCUUAGCCAUAUCAACUAACGUCUCCAACCAUUAGUUACUGUGUUCUGCAUCUACCUACAUGACUUUUCUCCAACAGUCAAUAACUUGAUGAACUAAUGUCAAGUUUUGGUCUAUCUGCCCAUCACUUUCCUCCAGCUAACAAUGCUCAUUGAGGUAGUCAGUGAUUGGACAUACGCAA